CAAUUCUUCUUCUACUACUUAGUGUUUGAAGGUCUUGAACUAGGAGUGGAGUGGGUGAAAAAAGAAAAAGAAUUUGAGGGAAUGAUAGGGUGGGAAGAUGUUUACAAGGUGGUGGUGGCCAUGUUUCCCUUAUAUGUAGCACUAGUUUUGGGGUAUGGGUCAGUAAGGUGGUGGCACAUAUUCAACCCUGAACAGUGCAAUGCAAUUAACCUUCUUGUUUGCUAUUUCACUCUCCCUCUAUUCACUUUUGAAUUUGCAGCCUCUAUUGAUCCUUUCAAAAUGAACUACUUAUUCAUAGGAGCUGAUGCUAUCUCCAAAGUCAUAAUAGUUAUGGUAUUGGCCUUAUGGGCUAAGUGUAGUAGUAAAGGUAGCUAUUGUUGGUCUAUAACAAGCUUCUCUUUAUCUACUCUCACUAAUUCUCUGGUUGUAGGUGUACCACUACUGAAGGCCAUGUAUGGACAAAUGGCUGUUGAUCUAGUGGUACAGUCUUCUGUCAUACAGGGAAUCAUAUGGCUCACAAUUCUUCUGUUUGUGUUGGAGCUUCGAAAGACAAGGAGUGAUACCUUGUCAAUGAUUAAUGUUGAUUCUAAUGCUAUGAAGGAUGUGGAAGGAAAUAAUGAGCAGAUGGUGGCAAUAACUAGUACAAAACCUUCCUUGUGCUCUCUGAUGAAGAUUGUGUGGCUAAAGCUUGCACUUAAUCCCAACUCCUAUGCUUGUUUUAUUGGCAUGGCAUGGGCUUUUAUUGCAAACAGGUGGCAUCUAGAGAUGCCAAGUAUUAUUGAGGGAUCUGUAUUGAUCAUGUCAAGGGCAGGGAUUGGGAUGGCCAUGUUUAGCAUGGGGUUGUUCAUGGCAAUGCAGGAGAAGUUUAUGGCAUGUGGGCCAAGUCUAACAGUGUUUGGACUAGUGUUAAGGUUUGUGGCUGGUCCAGCAGCCAUGGCUAUCGGUUCCAUUGCUGUAGGGUUGCAUGGUGAUGUCUUACGUGUUGCCAUUAUCCAGGCAGCCUUACCACAAUCCAUCACAUCCUUCAUCUAUGCCAAGGAAUAUGGGUUGCAUGCCAAUGUCCUUAGUACUGCGGUGAUCCUAGGGAUGAUACUUUCCUUGCCCAUCUUGGUCGGAUACUAUGCGGUUUUAGAGUUAUUGAAUUGAGCUCCAGUCUUAUGCGUCCCUCUGUAACUUUUUUUUUUUUUUUUUUUUUUUUUAAAUUUUUAUUUUCCACCUUUUCCGGGUGUAAAUCGGUCAGCACCUGAGUCAGUUCUUUGUUAUUUGGUUCUAACUAUUGAACCCUAGAAAAGAAAAUUUGUAAUCUCACCCAUUGAUCCUAAGCUAAAAGGACUUAUCCACCAA